AUGGUCGUUGCUGGGCCUACAGCUUUUGGCGUGAGUGCCGGUGCCGGCGACAACAUUGCAGAAGUUCUUUCAAAGACUCGCAGCGGUCGGUCAUCACGAAGUCAUAGGACAAGCCGAUUUUACAAUGAUAUCGACGAUGUGGUGGACGAGGAUCCACAUCCAAUCAGCAAGGCCGAUGACUGGAAGCUGAUGCCGGAGGUAAAAAUGCAACAUCAGCAAGGCAAGGCAGAUAAUCUCAAGGACCGCAAGCUGGGAGUUACAUGGCAGAAUCUUACAGUUAAGGGAAUUGGGACCGGCGACGUGCACAAUGAAAACGUUCUUUCGCAAUUCAAUGUCGCUCAAUUUUUCAGAGAAGCUAGACACAAGGCGCCCUUGAACACCAUUCUCGACAAUACACAUGGUUGUGUGAAGCCCGGAGAGAUGCUUCUUGUCCUUGGUCGUCCAGGCUCUGGAUGUACCACUCUCUUGAAAAUGUUGGCAAACUAUAGAGAUGGGUAUGCAGAGGUUUCUGGCGACAUUAAAUUCGGUAGUAUGGACCACAUUGAGGCACAGAAGUACAGGGGCCAAAUCGUCAUGAACACAGAGGAAGAGUUGUUUUUCCCAACUCUCACAGUGGGUCAGACCAUCGAUUUUGCUACUCGAAUGAAGGUUCCAUACCAUCUUCCGUCAGUCCACGAAAAGCCGAAGGAUUUUCAGAUUGAGAGUAGGGAUUUCUUGCUCAAGUCCAUGGGCAUUUCGCAUACAUACAACACGAAAGUUGGCAACGAAUUUGUACGCGGUGUUUCUGGAGGAGAGAGGAAACGUGUAUCGAUUAUUGAGACGCUUGCAACAAGAGGUAGUGUCUACUGUUGGGACAAUAGCACAAGAGGACUUGACGCUAGCACCGCGCUUGAAUGGGCGAGAGCACUGAGAGCAAUGACAGAUGUUCUCGGUCUUGCCACAAUAGUCACUCUAUACCAGGCCGGAAACGGGAUUUACGAGUUAUUCGAUAAAGUCCUCGUGUUGGAUGAAGGGAAAGAGAUCUUCUAUGGUCCGAUGAAAGACGCCCGUCCUUUCAUGGAAGACCUUGGGUUCGUUUGCGAUGAUGCCGCCAAUACUGGAGAUUUCCUUACUGGUGUUACUGUUCCUACCGAGCGACGCGUUCGAGAAGGUUUCGAAGGUAUAUUCCCAAGGACCGCUACGGCAAUUCGCGAGGAAUACGAGAAAUCACCCAUCAAAUCGGAGAUGCAGAAGGAUUACAACUAUCCAAUGCGAGAGGUUGCGAAAACCCGCACAGCGGACUUCCAGGAGGCGGUUCAACAUGACAAAGAUAGGAGCCUACCCACAAAGUCGCCCUUAACGACGAGUUUCGCCACACAAGUCAGAGCAUGCAUCAUUCGGCAAUAUGAGAUCCUUUGGGGUGAUAAAGCCACUUUCGUCAUCAAGCAGGUCUCAAGUUUUAUACAGGCUCUCAUCAUUGGCUCUCUUUUCUAUAAUGCUCCCAACACGACCGCUGGAUUAUUUCUCAAGGGCGGUUCUUUGUUCUUCGCUAUUCUCUUCAACUCUAUCAUGGCCAUGUCUGAGGUUAUCGACUCCUUUACUGGCCGACCGGUUCUCGCCAAGCACAAAGCGUUUGCAUUCUACCAUCCCGCUGCAUUUUGUAUUGCUCAAAUUGCUGCUGAUAUACCAGUUAUUGUAUUUCAAGUCUCACAUUUCGGAAUUGUCUUGUAUUUCAUGACGGGCUUAAAGAUGGAUGGUGGAGCAUUUUUCACCUUUUGGAUUAUAGUCAUCGCGGUCACUAUGUGCAUGACAGCCAUGUUCAGAAGUAUUGGAGCAGUUUUUGGCACUUUUGAUGGAGCGUCGAAAGUGUCCGGCUUUCUCUUCAGUGCAUUGGUUUUGUUCGCAGGUUAUCAAAUUCCCUAUCCGUCGAUGCAUAAAUGGUUUUUUUGGAUCUUUUACCUGAAUCCUCUUGCUUUUGGAUUUGAAGCUCUUUUGUCGAACGAAUUGCACGACCGCAUAAUCCCUUGUGUCUCUGCAAAUCUUAUACCCAAUGGACCUGGAUACAAUGAUACUGGUUACCAAUCAUGUGCUGGAAUUCCUGGUGCAAUUCAAGGAGCAACCAGUCUCACAGGAGAUGAAUAUCUCCAUGGACUUUCAUACAGCCAUACACACCUCUGGAGAAACUUUGGCAUCGUCUGGGCAUUCUGGGCGUUUUUCGUUGCCAUCACUAUCAUCUUCACCAACCGCUGGCAAUCUAAUUCGAGCAAGAGCGGAUCUCUCGUCCCUCGCGAACAAUCUAAGCAUAUCCAACAACACAAGACCGACGUGGAAUCUGGAGCAAUCGAAAGGGUGAAAAAAGAGGAGAUCAGCGCCGAUCCUAGUGCCUAUUCUGAUGAUGCAGUCACUCUUGACAAUCAAAUCGUUCGAAAUACUUCGGGUGACCGCGUACUAUUAGACAACGUACAAGGGUGGGUCAAGCCCGGUAUGUUAGGCGCGCUUAUGGGGUCCUCUGGUGCGGGGAAAACUACCCUUCUCGAUGUGCUUGCACAGCGUAAGACAGAUGGUACUAUCAAAGGGUCGAUCAUGGUCGAUGGAAGGCCUCUAAAUGUGGCGUUCCAAAGAUCCGCUGGGUACUGUGAACAGUUGGAUGUGCACGAGCCUUUGGCGACUGUCAGAGAGGCUCUGGAAUUCUCGGCUUUACUUAGACAGCCUCGAACAGUCUCUCACGAAGAGAAACUCAAAUAUGUCGACACAAUCAUUGAUCUUCUGGAGAUGAAUGAUAUUGCGAAUACCCUUAUUGGAAAAGUCGGUGCUGGCCUGUCAGUUGAGCAGCGCAAGAGAUUGACGAUUGGAGUUGAGUUGGUAUCCAAGCCAAGUAUUCUCAUCUUUCUAGAUGAGCCGACGUCUGGUCUUGAUGGACAAGCCGCAUUUAAUACGGUCAGAUUUCUCCGCAAACUCGCCGAUGUCGGACAAGCUGUACUCGUUACGAUUCACCAACCUUCUGCCUCCCUCUUUUCUCAAUUCGAUACCUUAUUACUACUUGCACGUGGAGGAAAAACUGUCUACUUUGGCGAAAUUGGAGACAACGCAAACACGAUCAAGGACUACUUCGCGCGUUACGAUGCUCCCUGUCCGACCACAUCCAACCCCGCAGAGCAUAUGAUUGAUGUGGUCUCUGGAACCCUUGCGAGAGGAAAAGACUGGCAUCAUAUUUGGCUGAAAUCGCCAGAGUACACAUACACUGUCGAAGAACUUGACAGGAUCAUCACCACUGCUGCAGCCGCUCCACCAGGCACUACUGAUGACGGACAUGAGUUUGCGGCGUCUAUGUGGACGCAGAUAAAGAUUGUCACUCAGCGCAUGAAUGUGGCUCUGUAUCGAAACACGGAUUAUAUCAACAAUAAGUUCGCUCUGCACAUAUUGUUAGCGCUUUUUGUUGGCUUCUCAUUCUGGAAAGUUGGUAAUAGCGUCGCCGACUUACAACUGAAAAUGUUUGCGAUUUUCAACUUUAUCUUCGUUGCACCAGGUGUAAUGAAUCAACUACAACCGCUGUUCAUUGAGCGUCGUGACGUCUACGAAGCUCGCGAGAAGAAAUCCAAGAUGUACUCCUGGAUUUCUUUCACGACAGGCUUGAUCGUUUCGGAGCUUCCAUACCUGUGUCUGUGCGCUGUCUUCUAUUUUGCCUGUUGGUAUUACACUAUUGGCUUUCCUACAGAUUCCAAUAAGUCAGGUGCGGUUUUCUUCGUGAUGUUAUGUUACGAGUUCAUAUACACGGGUUUGGGACAGGCUAUAGCUGCUUAUGCUCCAAACGCAGUCUUUGCAUCCCUGGCCAACCCACUUUUUCUCGGAACCUUGAUCGCUUUUUGCGGUGUCUUGGUACCUUACGGCCAGAUCCAAGCUUUCUGGAGAUAUUGGAUCUAUUAUUUGAACCCUUUCACCUUCCUCAUGGACAGCAUCAUGACCUUUGGUAUGUUCGACAGUCCGGUGAUAUGCAAAGAGUCUGAGUUCGCUCUAUUCGAUGCUCCUGGCGGUCAAACCUGUGCCUCUUAUUUAGCAGACUACAUGUCUGUAGAUGGCCAGGGAGCACGUACAUACCUCCAGAACCCAGGAGCCACCUCGGGGUGCAGGGUUUGUCAAUACCGUUUCGGUAGUGAUUAUCUUGCUGCUCUGAACAUCAAAGAUUAUUACUACGGUUGGAGAGAUGCUGCUAUUGUUGUAAUCUACGUGAUCUCAUCUUACGCCUGUGUCUUCCUGUUCAUGAGGCUAAGAACUAAGGCAUCCAAAACAGCUGAGUAG